AUGCAGUCAGAGUUGCACUGCGGAUACCCGUGGGUUCCUGCCCACUGCAGUGUGACCUACUCCAAGGACGACCUGAGUGUCGGCAGCGUGGCCACGUACACCUGCGACCCCGGCUACGAACUCUUGGGACCCGGCAGGAGGAUGUGCUCGGCGAACGGGACGUGGACGCCUCCCAACAUUCCCUUCUGCGUACUGAACGUAGCCGCCGGCAAGGCACCCCUCCAGUCGUCCACAAUGGGCGGCGGAGUGCCACAGAAAGCCGUGGACGGUAGCACGAGCGCCUUCUUCCAAGCCGACACCUGUUCCCUGACCGAAGCCGAGCGGUCGCCCUGGUGGUACGUGAACCUCCUGGAGCCGUACUCCGUCCAGCUGGUCCGCCUGGACUGGGGGACCACGUCUCCAGAAGCCACCGUCGUGGUCCGCGUGGGCAACAACCGCCCGGACAUGGGCGCGAAUCCCGUAUGCAACCGCUUCACGGGUCCGCUGGAAGAAGGACGACCCCUUUUCCUCCCGUGCGCGACCCCGAUGCCCGGAGCCUUCGUGAGCGUGCAUCUUCAAGGACAGGGACCACUGUCCAUCUGCGAGGUAUUUGUGUACACCGACCAGGCGCUGCCCGUGGAACGGUGCCCGUCAUUCAGGGACCAGCCACUGGGGUCCACCACCACGUACAACGGGAAGUGUUACAUCUUCUACGACAACCAGCCGGCCCCGUUCGAAGCAUCCAUGAGGUUCUGCGAGGCCCGCGGAGGGACGCUGGUUGACGAGACAAGUCCGGCCUUGCAGGGGUUCCUCAGCUGGGAGCUGUACAAGAGACACCGGCACGACUCUGACUCUGGGCAGUACUGGAUGGGGGCUACGAGGGACCCGCGCGACCCUGCCAGCUGGAAGUGGCUGAAUGGGAGGGAGGUGACCAUUUCCUUCUGGAACGCGCCCGGUGGUUCUAGAGAGAACAACUGCUCGAGGUUCGACGGGACCAGGGGGUGGCUUUGGUCGGAUACCAACUGCGAGCACGCCCUGAACUUCGUCUGUCAGCAUCGACCAACGACGUGCGGGAAACCGGAGAGACCCGCCAACUCGACCAUCGUCGCUCGAAACUUCGAAGUGGGUUCGGUGAUCGAGUACCGCUGUGCACCGGGACACCUCCUGGUCGGCCCCAACAUCAGGACGUGCCUCGCCAACGGAUUCUACAGCGAGUUCGCGCCCAAAUGCAGAUAUCUCGAGUGCGGACCCCCAGCACCCAUUCCUAACGGCUCCCUGAUGCUGACGAACGGCACCAGGCACUACCUGAGCAGCGUCGAGUACGGCUGCAGGGAGGGCUACGUGCUCGUUGGCCGCAGCGUUCUCGUGUGCGACGUCGACCAGCGCUGGAACGGGCCGCCGCCCCGAUGCGAACCGGUGAUGUGUCGAGCCCCGACUCCCAUAGCGCACGGUCUGGUCCGCCUUUCCGCGGCUUCGACGGUCUUCGGAACGGUGGCGGAGUACGACUGCGAGCCCGGAUUCCUUCUGUCCGGACCGGGUCACAUCUCUUGCGGACCUUCUGGAUUCUGGCAAGGAGACAUUCCGGUUUGCUUGCGACCGACUACAACCAGACCACCGACCACAAUGGCCCCUACUACCACCACAACCGCGACGACCACGUCGUUCGAACCUCCGACUCCGGAGCCAACGAGUUCCAAAAGGCCACCGCUGAUACCUACCAAGUUCCACCCGGACUUCGCUCCGGACAGGACCGACCAGAGGCCGACCUUCUUGACGACGACCCUGGCUCCUCCAAGGGCCGUUCCCACGGCCACGACCACGGUGCUGCCGACGAUGCGGCCCCGGCCUCAGCCACCGCCACAGCCGCACCAACCCAGGAGGCCCGCCUUCCGGCCGGUCGACAAUGACGUGGCCGGGUCGGCGGGACAUCGAACCAUCAUGUCUCCCCCGGAUCUCAGAGGGUUUUCGGAUUCCUCGCCGGCUGGAGCUAAGCUCAACAUGGGAGGCUUCAUUGCACUAGGAGUCUUUGGCGGCUUCGUCGUGCUAGCAGCCGUCAUCACGAUAGUGGUCAUCGUAAUUCGCAGAGCUCGGGGCGGCGGCGUCAGCUCCAGCGACCGACACCGGGGCGUCAAGAUGGCGGUCGGGGGCGGCGGCUCCAGUGGAUCCUCCUCCCUCGAGAACUCCCCGGUGGGCGCCUAUGCCGAGCACGGACUCCACAAGCACUACAAGCGGGCCUGGGAGAACCUACGCUACGACGCCGGAAAACAGCAGCCCGGUUCGAGGAUAGAAACCCUUGACAACCCCCACGUGAUGCGCACCCUGGAGGGCUACCGAGAAGCCAACGAGAUCACUGUCAACGACGUGGCCGCACUCUACGGCAGACCGCGGAGGUGACUCCAACUGAACACGUGACUAGCGGAGGCAGGGCGUCCAUCUUGUGGCGAUUCGCUUCGGUCGCUUCCAUUUUUUUUUAUUUAUUUGGGGAGGGUUAAUGUGGGGUAAGCGUUUGAUUGUCGAAAUUGACAACCUCUUUUUUUCCCCUUUCGACCUGCCGUUGAAAUAAGUGCGUUAAUUCGUUACGCACAAACAACGCAAACCUAGGAAACUCACUUAUUUUUAGGUACGUGUAGCGCCUGAAAUGUUUCGCAAAUUGAACUUAUUGCUCUUGAGCACGACGAAAUCUUUUGACAUACUCUUUGGAAGAGGAAGUACAUUAUGUUAAUAUAUAAAAAAAAAAUUGCCACACUGCAAGAAAAGAAAAACUGUGAAGCUUAAUGACCCGUUGAAAGGAAAGUUUGGAGGAAUCGCAGUUUAACUUGGGGAAGAAGGGUUGUCAAUUUCGGCAAGAGAAGCACGUUCACGAAGUCGCCUCAAGUGCUGAAUUCCGGCCACACAAGGAAGGAGUGGAGAAGCGGCGAUGGACACUGCUUCUGAUGUACAUAUGCAAAGACUGCUCAAACCGUGGUUCUUCGCGAGUUUUCUGUGACCUCUGCAGUGACCUUCGAAUGAACUCGAAACCGUCGCGGAGGAAGGCUGUGCCUCCGGAGCGAUAUCGUCAUCGCGACGAGUUUGACAUUGUCUUAUUUUAUCGUGUUUUGUUUUAUAUUAGUGUUUCUUCUUUAUUUUAAAUUAACACCGAACGUUUCAUCUUCUUUAUACGUGAAAUUCCUUAUUCGAUUGCUUUUACUUUACAAUAGAGUCGCGGAGUUGCUUAUGUUGACCACAAACGUUGUAUAUUUUCUAUUGAAUGUCUGUGUUUCAUGAAGUGAACUAAUAAAAUAAAAUAAAAUUGUUCCGGCACUCAAACAAGUGCAAAUAAAAACAA